AUGUCACUCCCGCAGCUGUAUGAAAUCUUCCCCUGGCUGAUGUGCCGUCUUCCUGGUCCUCAUAAGGAAGCGUUAUCUUGCUAUGAUGUCCUGAGUUCUUUUGCAAGGAAGGAGAUCAGAAGACAUGUGGAGAUAGGGAUACCAGAUGAACCACAGGAUUUCAUUGACUUUUACCUGGCUGAGAUGGAGAAAUCUAAAGAUGGGGUCAAGCACAAGUAUGAUGAAGACAAUUUGGUAUAUGUUAUAAAUGAUCUUUUCCUUGGUGGAUCAGAGACAUCAAGCACAACAUUGUACUGGGGACUGCUCUAUAUGGUAGUGAAUCCAGACAUCCAAGAAAAAGUGCAGAAGGAGCUGGAUGCUGUUUUGGGUCCUUCCCAGGUAAUUUGCUAUGAGGAUCGGAAAAAACUGUCCUAUACAAAUGCUGUGGUUCGUGAGAUCCAACGCUUCAGCAACAUUGUCUUUGUUGGCAUGCCCAGAGUGUGUGUGAGGGACACAAUAUUGCUAGGAUUCCCCAUCAAAAAGGGCACCAUCAUUAUGCCAAAUAUAGCAUCUGUUCUGUAUGACCCUGAGCAAUGGGAGACACCUCAACAGUUCAACCCUGGCCAUUUUCUGAAUAAAGAAGGAAAUGUACCUCGAGAAGCCUUCUUACCAUUCUCAGCAGGGCACCAUGUGUGUUUGGGGGAGCAUCUAGCGAGGACCGAGCUCUUUAUUUUCUUUGCCAGCCUGCUGCGGGCAUUCACCUUCCGCCUCCCUGAGGGGGUGGUAAAGAUCAACACAGAGCCCAUUUUUGGGGGUACGCUGCAGCCCCACCCAUACCGGGUUUGUGCCAUUCCACGCUAGGCUGCAGUACGUCACAGACCAGCAUGAGACAGCUACCUUUAUCUCAGUGAAUUUCCUCUCAAAUGUAUAAACCUUCUUUUACUAGCCAGGAUAUUGAUAUUAGUAUAUCCCAAGGCUAUUCAGAAAGCGGAUGCAAGCCAAGAUCCAGACUACCAGUACUUUUGGUCUGGUCCUCAUGAAAUUCCCAGAUAUUCUUGCAAGCAUCUUAACUAUUUUCUCCUCUUGCAAAGCACUUGAAGCAAGAUGCUAUGGUUCCCAGCUGAAGCCAACAUGUUCUAGCCAAGCAGAAUCAUCAUGAUGCUCACUCCUGAGCAAACCUCAGUAAAAUUCAACAGAGGAUCUCAGCAAGAUCCGAGUAGGCAUCAUUUCUGUGAGUGGUUUGAUGACCUCAAGUAAUUUGACUCUGGAAAAUGC